AUGGUGCCUGAAAACUACAUGGCAGCGGUGGAUCCCGUUACCAUUGUAAUCAAAGAAUGCAUAAACAUAUCGACUGCUAUGCGAAAAUACUCCAAGUUUACCUCUCAAUCUGGUGUUGCAGCACUUUUGGGUGGUGGCAGUGAUAUUUUCAGCAAUCAGGAUGAUUCAUUGGCGGAUACUUUCAAUAAUCUUUCUGUUAAUAAGAAAAACGAUCCGCUACUUUCCGGUUUUAUUCAAUUGCGUUUAAUGCUAAAUAAGCUUCAAAGUUUGGAAGACAUCGAUUCCCUCACAUUAUUACAGCCCUUUCUUGUCGUGGUCAGCACAAGUUCAAUUUCCGGAUAUAUCACGUCUUUGGCAUUGGAUUCAUUACAAAAGUUCUUCACUUCAAACAUUGUGACGGAAAAGUCAGCUAAUCACGUCAUUGCUUAUAGAGAAACAGUUAAUGCCCUAACUCAUUGCAGAUUUGAAGCAUCAGAGCAAGUCUCUGACGACUCUGUGCUAUUGAAAGUGGUGAAUUUAAUUUUGACUAUAAUUCAAUCUCCUCGAGGUGAUUUGAUUUCAGAUUCAAUCAUGUACGAUGUAUUGCAGACAGUACUAUCUCUCGCAUGUAAUAAGAGAAGAAGUGAAGUUUUACGGAGAGCAGCAGAAUUCGCCAUGAUCUCUAUAACCGUCAAGAUAUUUAGCAAACUUAAAACCAUCGAACCAACCAAAUCGCAAAAGUACAUCAACGAUGAAAGCUAUGCAAAGAAUGAGCUGAAAGAUGAUGUGAUCGGGACCACUACAGUCAACGAAACGCUGGAACCAGGCAGUAAUGUCGAAGAACAAAACGGAGAAGACUCGAAAUCAAUCGAAGCGAAUGUUGGUAAGAAAAUUACAAAGGGGGAGGAUAAAGGAAGUAAUUACUCGGAACAUAUUGAUGAUAAUUAUGGAUUGCCUGUUAUAAAGCAGUAUUUGAAUUUACUGCUAUCGCUUGUGGUUCCUGAAAAUCAAACAAAGCAUACAAAUUCUGCAAGAAUAUUUGGCUUACAGCUCAUUGACACAGCUAUUGAGCUUUCUGGAGACAAAUUUCUUUUGCAUCCACGUUUAUUCAGCCUUGUAUCUGAUCCCAUUUUCAAAUACGUUCUUUUCAUUAUUCAAAAUAAUAAUAAGUUGUCUCUAUUGCAGGCGGCUCUUCAACUAUUCACCACUUUGGUAAUUAUACUGGGUGAUCACCUACCGAUGCAAAUUGAGCUUACCUUUUCGCGAAUCUUUUCAAUUCUUUCACCUGCACCUUUAAAAGUGGGGGAUGAACCAAAAGGAAGACCAGCUGCCGUAAAAGAACUAAUAAUCGAGCAAAUUUCUAUUUUAUGGACGCGUUUUCCCUCUUUUUUCACUUCAACUUUCAUUGAGUAUGAUUGCAAUCUUGAAAGAGCCGAUAUCUCCAUAAACUUCCUCACUGCUCUGAAGACGUUGGCACUUCCAGAGUCUGCUUUAAGUACAAGCGAUAGCGUUCCUCCAAUAUGUUUAGAAGGUUUAAUUUGUUUUGUGGAUGACGUCUAUGAACAUUUACAACAUAUUGACAAAGAGACUUUUUCAGGUUAUAAAGGCAAUGUUCCUCUAUUAAAGCAGCGUGAACGUAAGACAGAGUUCAUUAGGUGUUCAAAGGCAUUCAAUGAAAAACCCAAGAAAGGUAUACCAUUGUUAGUAGAGAAAGGCUUUAUAAAGAGCGACAAUGAUCCCAAUGUAGCCAGAUUUUUGUUCGAAAACAAUAGUCGCAUGAAUAAGAAAACUAUAGGAUUACUUCUUUGCGAUCCUAAGAAAACUAGCCUCCUGAAAUGUUUUAUUGACUUAUUUGAUUUCAAAGGUUUAAGAGUUGAUGAGGCAAUCAGAAUUUUGUUGACAAAAUUUCGUUUACCUGGCGAAUCGCAGCAGAUAGAGAGAAUAAUUGAGGCCUUUUCGUCUAGGUAUGCCGAAUGUCAAAGUGUUGAGGGUCUUACAGCAUCUGCAGAUAGUGAUUACGAGCACGUUCAGCCAGACUCUGACUCAGUAUUUGUUUUGAGUUAUUCAAUUAUCAUGUUGAACACAGAUUUACACAACCCCCACAUAAAGGAACACAUGUCUUUUGAUGACUACUCUAGUAAUUUAAGAGGUUGCUAUAAUCAAAAAGAUUUUCCUUUCUGGUAUUUGGAUAGAAUAUACUGCUCCAUUCGGGAUAAAGAGAUUGUAAUGCCCGAAGAACACCAUGGAAAUGAUAGAUGGUUUGAAGAUGCCUGGAACAACCUGAUUUCAUUGACUACUGUUAUGACCGAAUCUGCAGAAAGCACAUCUAGUACUAUUGGUAAGUUGAACACUAUGGAUUUAGCACAGUUUGAUGGUGCUAUCUUUGAGCAGGUUGGCUCAUAUAUUGUCAAGACACUGUUCAGAAUAUAUAACGUUGCGUCAGAUGAUCAUAUCUCCACAAGAAUGCUAACAAGUCUCGAUAAGUGCUCUUUCAUCGCCGCUUUUUUUAACCUAGAGAAGCUCUUUACUGAUAUUCUUUGUCGUAUUGCUAAAAUCACAACGCUAAUAGAUACGGAGGAAGACACACACACUUCCUCGGUGGGCCAUGCAGAAAUUCCGUUAGUCGAAAUUGUUGUUGAAGAUACCGACUCGAAAAUUAUCGUUAGCUCGGAUUGCGUUAAAUUAGGGAGAUCGUUCAAGGGUCAACUAUGCAUGGUGGUAUUUUUCAGAAUCCUUCAAAGAAACACAGAUGGAGACUUGGUUCACUCAAAACUAUGGGAAGUUGCAAUUAAAAUGCUCUUAGUACUAUACGAAAAUCUAUUGAUUUCCCCCGACAUUUUUCCCGAUUUGCAGCAAAAGCUUAAGUUGGGAACUUUGCCACGACCCAAACCAGAAGUUUCAAUCAAAAAAUCAAAAGAAAACAAGGGCAUUUUAUCAGCAUUUGCUUCUUAUCUGAAGGGAGACGAAGAACCAACCGACGAAGAGGUAGAAAAGUCAUUAAAAGCUUUGCAAUGUAUUAAGUCUUGUAAUAUUGCAUCAUCGUUAUUUGGAAAUAAAUUCAAUGUUAACCCUGCUCUAGUCAAUACUCUGUUAAAUUCUAUCAAGGUGGAGAAAAGUGUUGAAAAUGAGAGGUUUUACGAAUCUGAAAUUUUGUUUUUGAUUGAGCUUUCUGUAUCACUGUUUUUGUUUUGCAAGAACGAAAAAGAGCUGGGCCAGCUAGUUUUGAAUAAGAUUUAUGAAGUAUCACAGUCAGGCUCUUUAUCAAAGCAGAGCAUACGUCGACUAAUGGCGUACAAACUGCUUCUGAUUUCAGUAAUGGAGAAAGAAGAGAAGAAUCUUUUACAAUUAAUUAAUGACGAACUGUUAGGCAAAAACGAGGUAUUUACACAUCAGUAUUUUGCUACUCCAGCUGGCGGCGAGAUUUUAACGAGAAUUUUGGAGCUUACCAAGAUAGAUAACUACCGUGAAUUACUGGUACAAGAUGAAGGGUUCUGGAAGCUACUUAGAAGUGUAGUGGUGAUUAAAGAACAUACAGCAGAUGUGUAUCAAUUCCUGGAAUCGUCGCUGAAAAUGUCUCAUAGCAUUGAAACAAAGGAAAACUUCAUGUGGAUUCUGGGAUUACUCGAUGAAAUAUCAUCAAUUGGCGCAAUAGGUAGCCAAUGGGAAAAGAAAUGUGCAAAAAAAGGCGUGGAUGAAAAGGAAAAUCCUUAUUCUGGUCUUGUGGAUCUCUCUAUCAAAUCUAUCAAUCUAACAAGCAACGUUUUGAAGGGUGGUUUAAAUGCCUUCCAGCCAACAAAAAAUGAUAAAAUAGCAUUGAUUCAAGCUCUUGCUCAUCAAUGUCUAAAUCCCUGUCUUCAGAUAUCUUCUUAUUCUCUUGAAACUUUGGAAGUUGCGCUGACUAAAGACAUUGAAUUGCCAACGGCCGAGAUAACCACAGUUGAGGAACUAAUCGAGGGUGGGCUUCUACCGCUAUUGGGCUCAAGUGAGGUGGAAGACAAUAAGAGUAUUCCUGUGCCUGAAAUUCUGUCCGUUAUUUCCAAAAUCUAUCUGUACCAUUUAAAGGAAGGUAUAACAACUAAUGAUACCUUUUUGCGCAUGUUGAAUAUCUUCAAUAAAUAUGUGGAUAUACCAGAGGUCGAAAAAGAACUACAGCAAUUGAUAACAGAGAAGAAGAGCAUAGAAAAUUGCGCUUCCUCAAAUGAUAAAAUAGAGAAAGCAGAGAAAGUUGCUGCAGAAGUUGAAACAGAAAGGCAGGAGGAUAGGAAGGGUACUUCAGAUGGAACUUUGUGA